UACACCGGUGGAAGACAAAACAAUAAGAAAGGCCUAUGAAAUUAGGAAGAUCAUACAUACUCCUGACUCCAAGGUUGCAUAUCCAUCCAAUAUGGCAUGGUAGUUCUGUCAAAGAUUUUUCAUACCAAUUAGGCACUUAGCAAACUCACAUGGCUUUUUCCAAUCUUGGCUUCCUCUUUAUCCUUAUCAUCUUUGUCCAUGUUGAUGCAGAUGACUUUCACUGGUCAGGGUCCUAUUGCUCAUCACUUAACAAAACUACCCCUAACAGUCCUUUCCGGUUGAACCUAAAGACCCUUUUCAAGUACCUAUCUUCCAAUGCCACCACGGGCAACAAGGAAUUUUACAGCACCAAAGUCCUUGGCACAAACCACUUUGAUACAAUAUAUGGACUCUACUUGUGCAGGGGUGACCUCCCUUCUCAACUUUGUGGAAAGUGCAUCUCAGAAGCAACCCAUAGCUACUUGUUCCCAGACCCAAACCAAGGAAUAUUCGAUUGCUCCUGGUCCAUAGAGGGAGGAAUUUCGUAUGACGAGUGCAUGGUUCAAUAUUCCAAUAACUUCACUUACUUCUCGGCAGUCGACUUAACGCCUUCUAGUAGUUCUUGCUUGUCAAGCAAUAUGUCUGCAACCUUCAUGAAUUUAGUGUUUGACACUCUGAACAAAAUUGCAGAUAAAGCAUCUCAAGGUUCUACAGAGAAGUAUGCUACAAAACAAGUAAGAAUAUCUGGAUUUCGGUCCCUAUACUCUUUGGCUCAGUGUACACCAAACCUGUCAUCUCAAGAUUGUAGAACCUGUUUAGGCAACAUGAUAAAACAAGUUAAACAAGAGUGCGGUGGAAACGAAGCAACAAGUUCCAGCCGCAGCUGCAACUUGAAGUAUGCUAUGUACCCUUUCUAUCGUGAAAGUAAAAGCCUGGCACCAGUAGGACUCAUUCCUAUAACAAAUCUGUCAAAUGAUUUUGGCUAUCUUUCCCACAACUGUUCAACUUCAACCAAUGAAACCAUCAUCAAGAACAGUCAAUUUAAAUCUAACCUCAGGAACCUCCUCUCUUCCUUGUCUUCUAAUGCCACCAACAAAAUUGGCUUCUACAAGACCACCAUUGGUGGCGGAGAAAGCCCCUCUGACACGGUUACCGGUCUCUUCAUGUGCCGUGGCGAUGUGUCCCUUAGUCUCUGUCAACUAUGUGUCCAAAACGCUGCUAAACGAAUACAUUCAGAGUGUAGUUCGUCCAAGGAAGCCAUCAUUUGGUACACUCAUUGCCUUCUUCGCUACUCCUAUCGGUCUCCCCUCUCCACCUGGAACGACACGAGUCCCAUGUUUCAUGAGUUCAACAUUGCCAACACCUCCAACCUUAACCGAGAGCAACAGAACUCCUUCACUCUCACAUUAGUGAGCACUUUAUCAGACAUAACGAAUAUGAAGGAGGAGAGCACCACCAAGAAUUAUGUAACUGCAACCGCAAAACUGAAUGGUGUCCAAACUCUAUAUGCUCUCGGCCAAUGUACACCAGAUCUAAAUAGUGGAGAUUGCAGGUCUUGCUUACGGAACAUUUUCCUAUAUGAAAUUCCAUGGUGUUGUUUGUCAAGUCCAGAGGGAAAAGUUUUUUAUCCUAGCUGCUAUAUCAUGUUUGGAUUGUCCAAAUUUCAUGGAGAUGAUGAUCGAGUCGAGACACCUAGUCAGGCUAGUCUUCCUCCAGGAGCUACAGGAGGAAAGAGAAAUGGUAGGUAUGAGAAAAAAAUUCUGUUGAUUGUUGUUCCCACUAUUGUUGCUGGGAUGCUCUUCUUAUGUUCUGGCUGGCAUUUGUUAAGAAGAAAAGAAAGCAAGAGAUACAAAACUAUUCUCAGAGAAAAUAUUUUUGGUGAUGAAGGUAGUACUUUGGAGCCAUUGCAAAUGGAUUUGGCUAUAAUUGAGGCAGCAACAAAUAACUUUUCAACUGAGAAUUUGAUUGGGAAAGGUGGAUUUGGAAAUGUUUAUAAGGGUAUUCUUUCUGAUGGGAGACAUGUAGCUGUAAAAAGAUUAUCAAAAAUUUCUAAACAAGGCAUUAAGGAGUUCAAGAAUGAGGUGUUGUUGAUAGCUAAAUUUCAACAUCGGAAUCUUGUAACAUUCAUAGGUUUCUGCUUGAAAGAUCAAGAGAAGAUACUGAUAUAUGAAUAUGUACCAAAUGGAAGCCUUGAUUACUUUUUAUUUGAUACUCAGCAACAAAAGUUGUUAAAUUGGUCUCAGCGUUAUAAAAUUAUAAAAGGAGUUGCACGAGGAAUUCAUUAUUUACAUGAGCAUUCUCGACCCAAAAUUAUUCAUCGUGAUCUUAAACCAAGUAAUGUCCUGUUAGAUACAAGUAUGAAUCCAAAAAUUUCGGACUUUGGCAUAGCUAGAAUUGUGGAAAUGGACCGAGACCAAGAAAUUACAAACAAAAUUGUUGGGACAUUUGGUUAUAUGUCUCCGGAAUAUGCAAUGCUUGGAUAUUUUUCCGAAAAAUCAGAUAUUUUCAGUUUUGGAGUUAUGAUUCUAGAAAUUAUUACUGGGAAAAAGAUUUUAACUUCUUAUGAUUGUUAUCAUCUUGCUUCAGGCCUACUAAAUUAUGUUUGGGAAAAGUGGACAGAAAACAAAGCAUUAAGCAUUUUGGACCAAAAAAUAAAAGAAAAUUAUCUUGAAAUUGAAGUUAUUAAGUGUAUUCAAGUUGGAUUGUUAUGUGUUCAAGAAAAUCCAGAUGUUAGACCUCCAAUGAUAACAAUUAUUUCAUAUCUUGAUAACCACUUAAUUGAAAUGCCAUCUCCACAGGAGCCAGCAUUUAUGUUACAUAGAAGAAUAAUUGAUCAAGUACAAGUAGUUGAUCAUAUCAACAAUUUUACGCCAUCCUCUAUCAAUGAGAUGUCUAUAAGUGAAGAUCUUUCUAGAUAAGUUUGAUACCAUAUCAUGAAACUACUCGUCUACUCAUCCCAAAAGGUUAAGCUGAUAGGUGAAGGCAACAUGAAUGGUUAUAUCUCUAACAAGAUCGAUGCCAUUAAUUGAGGAGCUUUGAUUUGUCUGAUUUGGAUCCAUUGAAUCAGAAACUAGCUCAACGAAAUGUUGAAUGCAAUCAAUGUAAUAUAACCUUCUUCUCUGGAACUCGUGAUCGGAACUCAUCACUCUAUGCAUGGAUGUCAACGUUGUCAUCAGCUCUAUCGUAUGAAUUGAAGAGAAGAGAAGACAGAAACUAGAUGAGGAAAGAGAGAAAAAGAAUCGAAGAUGAGAAGGAAGGUGUAGCUGCAUUGCAAUGGCUCACGGCACCUUGUGGAAAAUAUGGUUUGAGAAAGACAGAGAGAAGCUUACAACACAAGAAAGAGGGAAAUGGAAACCGAGGGGGGAGAGUGUGAUUCAUGCAUUGAUCUGAACUUUUUCAGUAGAGAAUGAAGCUCAACUAACUCUCUGAGUCAAGUUGUUAACUUCUAACUAACUCCUCUAACUAACUAUUAUAUUCGCCUUCUUCCAA